AUGGGCAGCAUUGAAAGUCCAGAUAUCGUACUAAUAAAGCCAUCGUCGGCUUGUUCAGUGGUACAUUCCAUUCUUGUCGCACAUGGUGUACCGCAAGAGCAUGCCACCUACGUCGCCGAUGCUCUCGUCCUCGCGGACCUUCGGGGGGUGGACUCUCACGGCAUCAAUCGCCUGCCAAGCUACAUCAGCCGGCUAGAAGCAGGAGCUCUGAACCCAGCUCCAAAGCUUGAAUUCCAAAUGAAGACACCGAUAAUGGCACUCUUGGAUGCCCAAAACACUUUCGGCUUCGUUGCAGCCUCAAUGGCCAUCGACAAAGGCAUCGAAAUGGCCUCAGCUUUUGGAAUGGGUGUGGUGGCAGUGAAACAUAGCAACCAUUAUGGUAUGGCUUCAGCAUACUUGUGCAGAGCUAUCGAGCAAGGAUACGCCGCAAUGGCAUUCACCAAUUCCAGCCGAUCCAUGCCUCCAUGGGGCGCCAAGGAACCUUUGUUCGGCACAAGCCCGUUCGCCAUCGGUCUCCCAGGUGGUGAUGAGGGCGACUUCAUCCUCGACAUGAGCCCUAGUGUCGCCGCUCGGGGGAAAAUCCGAAAAGCAGCUCGUCGAAAGGAGCGUAUUCCCGAAGGCUAUGCUCUUGACGAAUAUGGCCGCCCCACGACCGACCCAGAGGCGGCCUUGCGUGGCGUUGUGCUUCCUAUUGGAGGCCCGAAGGGAAGCGGGAUUGCAAUGAUGAUGGACAUCUUCGGAGGGCUACUCACCGGGGCCGCGUUCAAAGGUGAUGUGGUGGACAUGAACAAGAACAAGACCGAUCCUCAGAAUGUGGGACACUGGUUCAUGGUAUUCAAGCCCGAUGUGUUCCUGGACAGUCGAGCGGAGUAUGAAACUCGCAUGAACGAGCUGAUGCGAGCCGUCCGAGAGUGCGACAAGGCCGAAGGCGUCAAAAGGAUAUUUACCCCUGGGGAAAUUGAGGCGGAAUUGGCGCUGCGGAACCGGUUGCAAGGAAUCUCAUACACCAGUUCCGAGGUUGCUUCGAUAAACAAACUGGCUGAGCAAUCUGGGUCCACAGAAAGAUUGGUUUCCAUGUGA